AUGCUUCGCAAGCGCCCCAUGCUGCGUUGGCGUCCGGAGAAGCGGCUGCCGCUGCGCUUCCGGAGUGUACCGGAGGAGUUCACCGACCUCCGCACUGCCGACAGUCGCCCAAUUCUCUUCACUCCAAAGCGACCAGUCCCAUUGCGCGACGUGACGCGUCUUAGCGAUGUGCUGCUGGAUGGUACAGCUGUCUCCACCUGCAGCUCAGAGGAUAUAGCACAGAAGCCGGUAGCUGUCGUCGACCCCGAACGCAUGGGGCUCCCGACGCAGCUCGUCCGCUACUUGGAGCACCACUUCCUUGACACCAACCACAGCCUCUCCACCGCGGCAGCCGUCCCAACAUCUUUGCCGUCCUCCUCCACAUCGUUUCAGGGAUUAACCAUUGCGCAGGCCCGCAUCCUGCAACACCUCUACGCCAAGCAGGACGUCGCUGUCUGUGCCCCCACCGGCACAGGGAAGACGUUUGCGCUGUGUCUCGGUGUCAUUGCGCGACUCAUGCGCGAUGGGCCCAUGAGGCUUCUCUCCACUAUUAUCCUUGUUAGCAACGACUAUCUGUGUUGGCAGGUGGAGAGGUGGCUGCAGGAGAUGUGGUGGUACCCUAAUGACGAUCGCCUAGCCUUCGCCGCCACGGGCAACCUCACUGAGGAGCACGUGUACCGACGGCUGACGAAGGAACUCGUGCGGGAUGAGAACGAGACGGCAAGAAUUCUGGGGACCAUCGAUAACCGGCCGUACAUCGUGGUUACAACGCCGGAUGUGCUCUGGCGCUUUUACAAGCGCCGCCGCGCUGCGAUUCAGAAGCGGGAGCAGCGUAAAAACAACAAAGGCUACUCCUUCUCCCUCAUGCCGGUCCUCUCCACGGUUGACCUCAUUGUGGUGGAUGAGGUGGACGAGGUGAUGCCGUCGACGCGGCCGAGCGCUGCGGGAAAUUUGCUACUCAGAGAGCUGUUCCGCUACACCAAGUACCAGGCUCCUGUGCAGGUGGUCUUGACGAGUGCCACCCUUGCCGGAUCGACUGUGAAUCACAUUCGACGUUACAUGAAGAAGAAUCUGUUGGCUGACCGCACGGCGCGGGUGUUCGAAGAGGCGAGGGAGUCGGCCACACGUCUGGCCGCUGUCUCACGCACGGUCUCCCGUGCUGCCGUGCCGCAUGGGAUUCGACAUCUCUUCUACACAGCUGACACCCAGCAAGAGCAGCGACUGUGUCUCGCAAAAGUGCUCGCCACGACAUGCCCCAGUCUGCACCCGCUGGCAUCCAGCGAAGGCGAUGCGGAGGAUGGCGAAUCGUCGCACGCCACUUGCGCUGCCACUGCGGAGCAUCAGGACUACAUCCUCUUCAUUCUACCAGACUGUGCCAAUGUAGAGGACUUCAUCAACUGCGUCCUGCUCCCAGGCCAGGCAGAUGCGCUGCAGAUCCUCGGCUCGCAAGGUGACGCUCGGUGCGCUGACUACCUCGUGGAGCGACUGGACUACACGAUGGAGGUGCAGCAGCAGCGGCGGCGCCGUGCCGAGACACUCAAGUUCAUUCAGCGUACCGUGCGGAAGGUCGAAGCGCUGGAAGGCGAUGUGGACUAUUGCUCCUCUGCGCCACAGUCUGCCAGCCUCUUUCGACGCCUUGAGCGCGAGGCGAGCGCGACCGCCCCCAUGCACGCCGUGGCGAGUGCGUCACAGGCACCGGCGCAAAAGCCGUCGGCUUUAUCACCGGCUGAAUGCGCGGCAGACUCGCUGGCAGCCUCGUCUUCUUCUUUAAGGUCAUCGCGGCGAUGCUUCAUCACGUGCCACUGCAGUAACGUGCGCGGACUCGAUCUGCCGCACCUCACCCAUGUCGUCAUUCUCGCACAGCCGACUACUGCGCUCGAGUACGCGCACUGGUGCGGCCGCGUCGGUCGCUUUGGCCGUGCCGGGGUGUCGGUCACACUAAUGGCACGCAGCGCAACACGCCACAUGCACCAGUUCUGUGACUCUCUCGGGAUUGCGUUUCAUGUGGAGAGGCGGCAUGCAGAGGUGGACGUCAACGCAGAGCGUUGGCUAUGCGGUGCAGACGCAGCAUUAUAG